UCAUGAAGUAAACUGCUCACCGAGGGAAGGAGGCAGGAGCGGCGCCGCCGGAGCAGCAUCUUUCGCCUUGUGUUUGGGUGUGAAUCUGGGGAUUCAAGCCCUCCCUGCAUUGCCUUUUCUCUGAGCUCCAGAUGAAGCGGAGACUUUGCAGACAAGAGCACCUAAGGAGGGAGAGCGGCAGCAGGAGGAGUUGGCGUUUAGCUGCAGAGCUUCAAGUCUUCCCAUCCAUAGGUGGCCAAGCACCAGCAUUUUAAAGGUCUCCAUCUCCCUUUCCUGCCUUUAGACAAUAAGGUAUUUAUGAGCCGCCAUUUCUUAUACUACUGCAGUGAACCUACCCUGGAUGUGAAGAUUGCCUUUUGUCAGGUGUGUGUUCCUUACAGGUAAAACAAGGGAUUCGGGAAACAAGUGGAUGUGUCAUAUAUUGCCAAAUAUUACAACAUGAGUAAAAGCAAAGUUGACAACCAGUUCUACAGCGUGGAAGUGGGUGACUCGACCUUCACAGUUCUCAAGCGCUACCAGAACUUAAAACCAAUCGGCUCUGGGGCUCAGGGAAUAGUUUGUGCUGCAUAUGAUGCUGUUCUCGACAGAAAUGUGGCCAUUAAGAAGCUCAGCAGGCCGUUUCAAAAUCAAACACAUGCGAAGCGAGCUUACAGGGAGCUAGUCCUCAUGAAGUGUGUGAAUCACAAAAAUAUUAUCAGUUUAUUAAAUGUCUUCACACCACAGAAAUCUCUGGAGGAGUUCCAGGAUGUGUAUUUAGUAAUGGAGCUGAUGGAUGCCAACUUGUGCCAGGUGAUUCAGAUGGAGCUAGACCACGAGCGAAUGUCUUACCUGCUCUACCAAAUGCUCUGCGGCAUCAAGCACCUUCACUCUGCAGGAAUCAUUCACAGGGAUUUAAAACCAAGUAAUAUUGUGGUAAAAUCUGACUGCACAUUGAAGAUCCUGGAUUUUGGACUGGCCAGAACCGCAGGCACUAGCUUCAUGAUGACUCCUUAUGUGGUCACACGUUAUUACAGAGCACCGGAGGUCAUCUUGGGAAUGGGCUACAAGGAGAAUGUGGAUAUAUGGUCAGUAGGAUGCAUUAUGGGAGAAAUGGUGCGCCACAAAAUCCUCUUUCCAGGAAGGGAUUAUAUUGACCAGUGGAAUAAAGUAAUUGAACAGCUCGGAACCCCCUGCCCAGAAUUCAUGAAGAAACUCCAGCCCACAGUGCGGAACUAUGUGGAAAACCGACCUAAAUACGCCGGCCUCACUUUCCCCAAACUCUUCCCAGACUCUCUCUUCCCAGCCGAUUCAGAACACAACAAACUCAAAGCUAGCCAAGCCAGGGACCUUUUGUCAAAGAUGCUAGUGAUUGACCCAGCCAAACGGAUAUCAGUGGAUGAAGCCUUACAACAUCCGUACAUUAAUGUCUGGUAUGACCCAGCGGAAGUGGAGGCGCCACCUCCACAGAUAUACGAUAAGCAGCUGGAUGAAAGAGAACACACAAUUGAAGAGUGGAAAGAAUUAAUCUACAAGGAAGUAAUGAAUUCUGAAGAAAAGACUAAAAAUGGUGUAGUAAAAGGACAGCCUUCUCCCUCAGGUGCAGCAGUGAACAGCAGCGAAAGCCUCCCUCCAUCCUCAUCCGUCAAUGACAUUUCCUCCAUGUCCACAGACCAGACCCUGGCGUCGGACACUGACAGCAGUUUGGAAGCUUCUGCAGGGCCCCUCGGUUGUUGCAGGUGACUAGCCGCCUGCCUGCGAAACCCGACGUUCUUCAGGAGAUGAUGUAAUUUAGGGGAGGGGGGGAAGAAUCAUUGUGGUCAUAAAAGAAUUCGAUGAUGGCAAGGAAGAAAAAAAAUUAAAGGAAAAACAAACACACAUGAUGAUUAAAUACAACAAAACCCUUUCAGCCUGCUUCUCUUAAAAGAGUUAUGUAAAUGCAGCUAAGCUCAAGUGUAUAUUUAACUUAAUAGUUGCUCUGCUUUGGUCUUCUUCCAAUGAUGCUUACUGCAAAACAAGGAAAAAAGGGGAAAAAAGAAGCCCUUUUUCAUAAAUUUUGCAAAACUUUAAUGGCUGCAAAACCAGCAAGCUGCAACUGUCCUUUUUCACGUUGGCAUGACAAGGUGGGCAGAACCCCAACCCCUUUGUGUAUACAUGUGUGCAUAUCUAACCCUUUCUGCUUCUGUUUUCAGCAGAUGUACAGAAAACUGCACAUGUAUCUUGGUGUACAUACAUGCAAAUAUGCAUUUGAGGAUAUAUAUGGAGCUGUGUGUGUACAUGUAUCUAAAGAGCAG